CAAUUAAGAAAGCUGCUUCUUGAAAUAAUUCACCGCAUACCAUGCAAUGAUCACCUGAAGAAAUAUGUUCCCCAGAUAUUGUCGCUUAUGUUCAGGCUUUUGAAGAUUGAGAAUGAAGAGAAUGUACUUGUGUGCAUCCGCAUCAUUCUUGAAUUGCACAAGCAGUAUAGGCCACAAAUGAAUGAAGAGAUUGCUGACUUCAUGAAGUUUGUGAAAGGGAUUUACGGCAAUCUGCCAAGCCACCUACCUAGGAUAUUUGAACCACGCUCACAAAAGAAAGUUAAAGACCUGUCAGAUAUAAAUGUUGAGGUUUGGCUUCAAGACAUUUUCACAGUAACUACAGUGUUAACAGACAAGAAGAAUGCAGAAAACCAGAGUGUACAGUACAAUAUCAUCCCUAUGGGUGUUCAGAGCCUGAAGGUGCUUGCGGAGCUGCCCAUUAUUGUAGUUCUGAUGUAUCAAAUGUAUAAACAGCAGGUCCAGAAUGACAUGGUGGAGUUCAUCCCACUCAUCAUGAACACAAUAACCCUACAACCAUCAGCACAACACAG